UUGCCAGGUUUGCCUCCCCAACACGUCCUCAUCACGGUUUUGGAUCUGCACAGGUGGAAAACGAUCACGACCACCUUAUCUUUUUCAGGUUAGAGGAACGUCUUAAGACCGAAGGUCGCUUCCUAAGCAUGGUAGAUCAGGGCGCAGCUGAAUACAGUCCGCAAAGAGGUGCUGCUAGUUUUCUGUCUCUGCCAGCCCGUUGCAGUCCUCAGGUCCAGCUGACCGAUGAAGGGCCCUCCUACAGUGAUGCUGCUCUGCUCAGGAAAGAUCUACCUGCUUCCACUGACCAAGUGAAAGAGGCAUUACUUUAUGAAGAAGGUGAUGGACCAAGAAAUAAGAACACUUCUUUUCCAAAACUCAACAUCCUAUCGGGAAAUAAGGAGGAAGACUCGGAUGAUAACCACGCUGCCGUCUCUCUCCGUGUUUGGAAAACUGACCACCACAAGAACCACAUGGCAGCUUUAAGUAGUGAGAUGUUUGACAGCCUGAUGAAGAUGUGUCCUGAAUUCCAUGGCUGUAAGAGCCACAUGGCAGCAUUUGUCUUGAUAAGAGAAGAGCCGGACACAGCGGGUCGUCCAUGUGAGCGUUACACGGUGGUGGCAUUGGGAGCUGGCCGUUCGAGCAGCAACAAGUGGCUGUGCUACAACGGAACAAUGGUCCAUGACUGCCACGCCAUCAUCAUCGCCAGAAGGGCUCUCAAAAGGUUUCUGUUUAAACAGCUUCUGCUCUUCUUUGAUGCCGAUCCAAAGGCUAAGGAGAACUGUGUUUUGGAGGGGAGUGCAGACAGCCACCAGCUUCAGCUGAAACCCAACACCAGUCUGCAUCUCUACACCAAUCAGUGUCCUGAAGGAGCGGCUCAGAACCUUUACUUCAAUGGCCCUGCAAAGGAUAUUUGGACUACUAUGAAGCUACAGUACAUUUCCAAGGGCCUGCUGGUCCCAGUGGCCUACCUCGACCCCAGUCAAUGGGGGGCCAAAGUGUGCUGCAUGUCUGGAAGUGACAAGUUGUGCUGCUGGACUGUCAUGGGGGUGCAGGGUGCCCUACUGAGCCACUUCAUGCACCCCCUCUACAUCACCAGCAUAGUGCUAGGGGGCCAGGAGUUAUUUAAAGAAGAAGUGUCUAACAUCACCAACAUGCGACUGGGUGACGGUUGGGAGGACGUUCUGCCGCUGUCCUACAAGAAACACAACAUCUACUUUCUCUGUGGAGACGUCGUGAAACCUGCUGCGGUCUGCCCACUGCAAGACGACCUCAGCGUCAACUGGUGCCUUGGGGACAAGGAUGUUGAAGUUCUGGACAGCAGCAAUGGCCGCAUCAUUGAUGGGUCUCCUUCUGUGAGUGGACCCGACAUGUCCAGCAGACUUUGCAAGAGAGCCUUCUACAGCUACUUCCUCCGAGCUGCACAGGUCAGCGGGCAAAGCUACCUGCUGAAUCUUCCCGUCUACCACAGACUCAAGAUGGAGGCCGUUGUCUACCAGACUGUGAAAGAACUGGUCAAGCAGUGGUUUCUGAGUAACCAUGCAGGUCCCUGGAGUUCAAAGAAGCUGGUGGACUGCUUCGGCAUCUGAAUGUGCUCCUCACUGAGCCACAGAAGUUUAAGUUCCUCUUGAGAUUUAGUUCACUUCUGUUUGCUGUGCACCUCGUUCAAUACCUUCUUUAACAGCAGUUCUAGUUUCUGUUUUACAUAAAAUAUUUGAGUUUUCUGUUUGUGUAGGUGUUUGAGAAAAAUAAUCGAGACCCUGCUGUUUAGCAGCACGGCGAAGCAGUCGGUGUGAAUGAGCAGUGGGUGGGAAAACACAACUUAAGGGCACGUUCUGCCAGUGAAGUAGAAUUGAGGAACAUCAUCACCCAUUAUCAUGUUUGUAGCCAAAAUGUUUUAUUGAUUAGCAAAAAGAUGUUUUGUGUUGAUAAAAAACACAUAAAUAAUUUUGCCCAUCCCUUAUACUGUUUGGAGUGUCAUUCACUGAUCUAUAACUUUACACAUUUAGAUAUUUUUACUCCUAUUUGUUCUGAUUGCAUCCACAGCAUGUUCAGUGUGUUCGGAGUCAGAUCAGCACCUAAGAACCAAGGAUAUGGUUCACAGUUUCUACCUCGUUAAUGCUCACCUCAUUUGUAUUUAAGCUUAAAAAUAUAAUAUUUCAGUAUCCUUAUUUCAGACCUAACUCUGGCACUAUACAAAAAGUGACAUGCUAUUUCUGGUGUCAAAUUUGUGAAGAAAAACAAUAGGUAAAAGCAAUUAUAUAUUUAUUUUUUAAGUCUCUUUUUUAAAACAUUUUUCAUGUAUUUCCUGACUGUCUGCUCGUUUGAUAGUUGAAAGCAUUCUGUAGUUAUAUUUUGUGUCAUGGUUUACCUAUUUUUUUAUAUGUAACAAUCCACAAACUAUGACUCCAACAACUCUGCUGGUCUUCAAAUUAAAAUGGAAACGUUUUGUUAAACUACAGAAUGAAUAACUGUUGCAAGUGUUAAGGGACUGCAGUCCAUAAAACAA